GACCUGAAGUGUGUGUCAGAGUGUGUGUGUGUGUGUGUGUGUGUGUGUGUGAGUGAGUGAGUGAGUGAGUGAGUGAGUGAGUGUGAAGCGUGGAUGUUACUGGAUCCAUGACAAAGUCUCCAGUCCCUGGACACAGAUUCACACUCAGCGCCUUACAGAGCCAAAGAGGAAUACACCUUAAACCCUAACAGACCUCAGACACCACUACCACCACCACCCCCCACCCCCCCACCCCUACAUUCCCAACCACAUGGAGCCAUGUGAGCUCCUGCCUGCCUCACCGGGAAUCUGACUCGGAUUGCCUCCUGUAGAGACGCUUACAGCUCUGGAUCUGCCUCAGAGUGCAGACAGAGGAGAGGAGCAACUGCGUAGAUCUUCACCCAGGAGGGAAGUACUCAUCUCUGGGCACUGUGGGCCGGGAGCCCCCCGUGGGCUGGAGACCGGCACUCCAGCACCAUGGAUUACCUGCUUGGGAUUGUAGUCCUGCUGGGCAUAGCGGCUCUGCCCGGGAGAGUGGCCCCGCAGAACCCCAAGAGGAGCGUUCCACGGCUCCGGCUCUCCUACAAGGAAAUGUUGGACUCCAGUAAUUUAGUGACUUUCACUGGAAUAACAAACAGUUCAGGUUACGACACAUUUCUAAUGGAUGAAGAGCGAGGGAGGUUACUAGUAGGAGCAGAGGACCAUAUCUUCUCUUUAGACCUCGUCAACAUUAACAGAGACCUCAAACAGAUCGCCUGGCCGGCCACACCUUCAAAACGAGACGAGUGCAAGUGGGCAGGAAAGGACCUUGGAAAAGAGUGCUCCAACUUUGUGCGGGUGCUGCAAUCCUACAACCAAACACACCUAUAUGUGUGUGGCACAGGAGCAUUUCACCCAAUAUGUGUCUACCUGGAGAUAGGCAAAAGAGCAGAGGAUAAUAUUUUCAGGCUGGACACAUCCCACUUUGAGAAUGGCCGUGGGAAAAGCCCCUAUGACCCAAAGAUGCUGUCAUCCUCUUUACUCAUUGAUGGGGAAUUAUAUUCUGGAACUUCGGCAGACUUCAUGGGACGAGACUUUGCCAUUUACCGAACCCUCGGCGCUCAUCAUCCGAUCCGGACAGAGCAGCAUGACUCCAGAUGGCUGAACGAUCCCAAGUUUAUUGGCAUUCACCUCAUCCCUGAGAGCGAUAACCCAGAAGACGACAAAAUCUUCCUGUUCUUCAAAGAGAACGCCAUGGAUGGAGAACACACAGGCAAAGCCACCAUCUCCAGAAUAGCACAACUGUGUAAGAAUGAUGAGGGAGGACACAGGAGUCUGGUGAACAAAUGGACUACGUUCCUAAAAGCUAAACUGACGUGUUCCGUCCCAGGGCUCAACGGCAUUGAUACACACUUUGAUGAGCUCCAGGACGUGUUUUUGAUGACUGCCAAAGACCCAAGGAACCCAGUCAUCUAUGCGGUUUUCACGACCUCCAGUAACAUCUUUCGUGGGUCAGCUAUCUGCAUGUACAGCAUGGCUGAUAUCAGGAGGGUGUUUCUAGGCCCCUACGCCCACAGAGAUGGGCCAAAUUACCAGUGGGUGCCCUUCCAAGGCAGGGUCCCAUACCCCCGCCCCGGCACAUGCCCCAGUAAAACCUUUGGUGGCUUUGAUACCACCAAAGACCUUCCAGAUGAUGUGAUUACAUUCGCCCGUCUGCACCCUGCCAUGUAUAACCCAGUGCAGCCGGUUGGUGGACGACCCAUCGUGGUGCGCACAGAUGCAGAGUACCAGUUCACCCAGCUAGUGGUGGACCGUGUUGAGGCUGAGGACGGGCAGUAUGAUGUCAUGUUCAUUGGCACAGAUAUAGGGACAGUGCUGAAGGUGGUGACCAUCCCCAGAGAGAGCUGGCACGACCUGGAAGAAGUGGUGCUGGAGGAGAUGACCGUCUUUAGGGAACCCACCCCUAUCACUGCUAUGGAGCUCUCGACUAAACAACAACAGCUCUACCUGGGUUCAGCUGUGGGCAUAUCCCAGAUGCCACUGCAUCGCUGUGAGGUGUAUGGCAAAGCAUGUGCUGAAUGCUGUUUGGCCAGAGAUCCAUAUUGCGCCUGGGAUGGCACUGAGUGCUCCAGAUAUUUCCCUACCGCAAAGAGGAGAACAAGGCGUCAAGACAUCAGAAAUGGAGAUCCUCUGUCCCAGUGCUCUGAUCUGCAACACAAUGAUGAUCUGGAGGGCCACAGCAGUGUAGAAGAGAGGAAUGUAUACGGGGUGGAGAAUAGCAGUAUGUUCCUGGAGUGCAGCUCUAAAUCUCAGAGAGCUCUCAUCUACUGGCAGCUACAGAAGCCCAAUGAUGAGCAAAAGCUUGAGAUUAAGUUGGAUGAGAGAGUGAGUCACACCGAGCGUGGCUUGUUGAUCCGCAGCCUGACACAAGCUGACAGCGGCGUGUAUCACUGCCAUGCUGUGGAGCACGGCUUCGUCCAGCCACUCCUGCGCCUCACUCUGCAGAUCAUCCCGUCUCAACGUGUCGGGGAACUGCUCCUGCGGACCAGUGCUGCCGAUCGCGACUCGCCUGCCAAACAAAAGAUUUGGUACCGAGACUUCCUAAGUCUACUGGAGCACCCGGAUCUCAACAGUGUCGAUGAGUUCUGCGAGCACGUCUGGAAAAAGGAGCGCAAACAACGUGGCAAGAAAGCUCCAAAAGCAGGGCUCGGGCUCGCUCAGGCACAGGCUCAGAAGAGCAGCCAGAAUUUACAGACUUCAACCCAAAUUCAGAAUGAUGGCCCAAAAGCAACACAUGUUCCAAUUCUGCCCAAAAUACAGAGAAGCCAAGGCAUGCGCGGGACCACCAGCAUGGAUAGCCAGAGCCCCAAGCCGAGUCCAAGCACCAGUUCGAAAGUCCCAAGUGCUCAGGCAACCCAGAACCAGAGUCAGGGAAAAAGAGGCAACUCAUCAGCCCGAAGAACGCCAGCCAGCACGGCCAAGUGGAAACAGCUCCAGGAGAAUAAGAGGGGACGCAACCGGCGCACCCACGAGCAACAGAGACCUCCUCGUAGUGUGUGAAGCAAACACACACAUACACACACACACCCACACACACACACCCAUCCAUUCACUCAUGCUGACAUCAGUUCAGCAGCCCUCGUACAUGUGUCUGUUGCAAACAUUUAAACAAAAGCACAAAGAUUUGUACUAGUUGGAGAAGUUUGUCACUGCUUUACCAGAGGAAGCACAAUUACAGUGACGAAAACAUUUAUCGGUAAUGUGUAUAGUUGUGAACUGAUACACCUUCCUGUACAUAGAAACAUUUCUAGAGUGUGUGAAUCCCCUACGACUCAUUACUCCUGGACUAAGAGAGGGGGAUUUGCCAUUUCCAAGACUGCUUCCUCUGCGGAAACAUCUGUUGCGAAGUGGUCAAAAAACACUUCCAUGGAAACCAAGAUGGUUUAUCCAGGAAUAAAACCAGAACGUUGACUAUUUACUCAAAUUCUUCCUGGAGGAUUGUACCUGUUCUACAACCAUGGAUCUGGAACAGACAAUGUGGACUGCCUUUCAGCCAACAAGAUAAUUCUAAAAAAAUAAAAAAUAAAAUAAAAAUACUAUGAGAACUGGAGUCUCGUCGCUCUGAUUCAUAAUGACAGUGUUAUAGGAGGAACUAUAGCGGACACUGUAUAGAAAAAUAACUGGGUAUCCAUGCAUACAAGACGUGGUUGGCCAAAACAUAGGCAUGUGUUGCUAACAGCCCGUCUGACCCUUGUAACCCUUUGACUUAAAUGUUCGUCUAAUUAUUUGUUGUGUAUUCAUAAUAAACGACUCACCGCCCAAAUGGACUAAGAAGUCAAAACUUGUGGAAAUGAUUUGCCCUUAAGUCCAGAAUUCAAAUAUGUUCUGCAUGAUAUUUAAUUGAAUAAAAAAUCUUGUUUUUUUUGUUUAUUGGUUUUUUGUUUUUGUUUUUUUUUUUUCGAAUUAAGUUGCAUAACAAAUCUAUUAAACACAGAGUUUCUAACCACAGGGGGUCUUAAAGGAGAACUGAAGUUAUUUUUAAACUUGCUUUAUUUCUUAACUAAUGUGUUAUUUCGUUAUGUUUUCGGUUUUAGUAACCUUAUAUUGGCAACUAACUGCAAUUAAAUAUUAUACUUAUCGGCUUAUUUGAUUUUUAGCCAUGUUGAAUUUAGUUCGUUUGGUCCAUGGCAGGCGUCGCUUAUCCGCGCGAUCUUCACGAGACUUGUGCGAGACUUCGAAACGUGACGUGUCAGCCAGGUGUCAGUGCCGCCAUUUUGAAAACUGUUUUCCAAAUGAAAUAUUGCACAAAAAUGAGUUUAAAUGACGAUUACUGCCGACUUUUUUCAAACUUUCCUGAUUGCUAUCAAAACAAAUAAAACUUCCGGCUUGAUUACGUCAGCAUUCGAAGGAGGGCGCGCGCGUCUUUUGACAAUGUUGACAGAUGUUGGUCACUAAUGCCGCUUUUCCACUACCAACGCGGCUGAGUCGGGCUGAGCCGUGCCGUGCUGAGUCGAGCUGAGCGGGGCUGUUGGAGUUGCAUUUCGACUACAACCGCGCUGAACCGUGCUGGCUGGAAGUGGGUGGACACAUUGGGUGGAGUUAGCGAAAGUGGGUGGACGUCAGGUGAUGUCGUUAGGCGGCGCAAACAGUGACAUCAGUGAUCUUUUAAGCGGUAGUCUCACGACCCGGAUAGUAAACAAUAAACAUGGAGGACAUGGAGUCGUUAGUGUUGCUGGUCUUGGUGCUGUGGCUUGUUGUCACCGACAACGCCAACAGAUACUGGCAAGAGCGUAUAGAUGAGGCGAGGCGCAUAAGGCUUCAUAAUUCUCGUAAUUCGUAAUUCUCCUUCUUCCGGGUUUACGGUGUUUACAGAUCCCAGCGUGCUCGCGGGGCGUGUGUGGACACUCCUCCUCACCAAUCAGUGCACAGGGGAGUGUCUCCUCACGCCCCCAGCCUCACUCAGCUCGGUUUAGCUCACUUCAGCCCCACUCCAAAACCGUGCGAGUUUUGGGGGCUGAGCAGGGCUGAAGCGAGCUGAGUCGUGCUGUUCUUAGAUAGUCGAAACGCGAGCCGUGUCGGGCUGAAAUGAGCUGAAGCGAGCUGAAGUGAGCUGAAAAAGGGUAGUGGAAAAGGGCCAUUUGAUUUCCGCUGCUUUGACAUACGGACUGAUAUAUUACAUAGCAUAUUUCAAACACUCAUAACUUGCUAUAGCAGCGACAAAA